GGCGGUUCCCCAGCCCGGAGGCACAAGCAGGGGACGCCCCCAGACCAGGAAGCCUGAAUUUCCGCACCAACCCAAUCGGGCAGCCCGGCACCCACACGCAGCAAUGGGGAUACAGAAGUUGGCCAGUCUCAUUAAGAAGGAGGCUCCGGAGUCCAUCUCAGCGGUUCCGCCCAGGGAUUACCGAGACCGAGUUCUCGCUAUUGAUGCCUCUGUGGCCAUUUACCAGUUUAAUGCCGCAAUCCCUACUAUAAUAAACCGGGACGGGGAAGACCUGAGUGCCUUGCAGGGAAUGUUCUAUCGCACAGUGUACAUGCUGGAGAAUGGGAUCAAACCCGUGUUUGUAUUGGAAGGGCCGCCUCCUGCUCUGAAACACAGAAAGGGAAACAGUGAUGGUAAAUCCACUCCAGGGCACGGGAGGAGAGAUGAUUUAGAGAAAAUGCUGAGAUACCUCGGAGUCCCUUAUAUACAGGCCACGGGUGAAGCAGAAGCCACCUGCGCGGCGCUAGUCAAACACUGCUUGGCAUGGGGCACGGUGACAGAGGACAUGGACGCCCUUCCGUUUGGAAGCACCCGCCUAAUACGCAACCUGAAGGCCAAUAACCUGGGGAAUGUGGAAGAAUACAAUCUGCCGAAAUUAUUGAAACUGCUGAAACUGAGCCCGGAGCAGUUUGUGGAGCUCUGCAUAUUGCUGGGGUGCGACUACUCUGGGAAGAUUAAAGGACUGGGCAUAAAGAAAGCUCUAGAGCUGAUGCAGAAACACGGGAGCAUUGAGAGGAUUCUAAAGACCAUUAAAAAGGAUCGCAUCCCUGCAGAUUUCCGUUACCAGGAAGCAAAGCAGCUCUUCCUCCAGCCGUCUGUAGUGGAUGUGAGCCGGGUUCAGCUGAACUGGAGGGCCCCAGAUGAAGAGAAUCUGGUUCAGUUCUUGUCGCAUGAAAAGCACCUAAAUGAGACAAAGAUUCGUACCAAGCUGGCGAAGCUCCGCGCGAUACAGCAGCCAAAGGAGAAGAAAACACCAAAGAAAAGGAGCGCUCAGUCCAGUCUUUCUGAUCCCAAUAACCAGAAGCAGCCAAAGAUGACGGAUUUCUUCAUGGCCAAGAAAAAAAGCCAGAAGCAGCCCCAGGGCAAUAUCCAGAACACAGACCCAUCUGGGAAUAUCCCAUCAACCUCCAUGGGCACUGGAUGCGGCCAAAGCACUCGCUGACCAGCCAUCCCCGGAGGCGGGGCUUACGGUGGAACCAAUUGUGGAUAAGAUUUUUUUGCACUUUAUGUAUUGAGGGACCAUAUUAUGAUACAAUAAUGUUACAAUUAUUAUUUAUUGCUUUUAAAAUAUAAACCCCACGUGUAUUAAAAGACACAAUUUGCCCAGGAGCAGUAACCCAUAAUCAGGGGACCAAUAAAUGCUGCCUGCUGAUUGGUUGCUAUGGGUUACUGCUCCUGGGCACACUUAGUGCCUUUCAUUACAUAACCACCUAAAACUCUUAUGGGAAAAUGUAACAAAAGAGCAAAGUUUUCUGCAGGACUAAUAACCCAUAGCAACCAAUCAUCUCAUUGCUUUUAAAAGACAGCUAGAUGCUGAUUGGUUGGUUUUAUUAUGUCACACACUUAAAGGAGCAGUUUAGUGUAAAAAUGAAACUGGGUAAAAAAGA